AUGGAGUUGAGAAACCAAACCAUUAUAGGAGAAUUCUUUCUGAAGGGUCUUUCUAGCCCAAGAUUAGAGCUCCUCUUUUUUAUGAUCAUCUUAAUAAUGUACAUGUUCAUCCUUCUGGGCAACGGCACUCUUAUUCUGAUCAUCAUCUUGGAAUCUCACCUUCACACCCCCAUGUACUUCUUCCUUGGGAACCUCUCCUUCCUGGACAUCUGCUUUACCACCAACUCCAUUCCUCAAAUGCUGAUGAGAUUUCUCUCAGAAAGAAAGACCAUUUCCUUCAAGGCCUGUGCAGUGCAGAUGUUCAUUGGUUUGGCCAUGGGGACAACAGAGUGUGUGCUCUUGGGCAUGAUGGCCUUUGACCGCUAUGUGGCCAUCUGCAACCCUCUGAGAUAUCCCAUCAUUAUGAGCAAGAAUUCCUAUGUGCCCAUGGCAGCUGUGUCCUGGUUUAUAGGGUUUAUGAACUCUGCCGUCCAAACUGCGUUUGUGGUGCAAUUACCAUUUUGCAGGAAUAAUGUCAUCAAUCAUUUCUCCUGUGAAAUCCUGGCUGUCAUGAAAUUGGCCUGUGCUGACAUCUCAGGCAAUCAGUUCAUCAUGCUAGUGGCCACAACAUUAUUUGCAUUGAUGCCUCUGCUUCUGAUAGUCAUUACUUAUUCAUUAAUUAUUUCCAGUAUCCUCAAGAUUCGCUCCUCUGAGGGUAGAAGCAAAGCUUUCUCUACUUGUUCAGCUCACUUGACAGUGGUGAUUAUAUUCUAUGGAACUAUUCUCUUCAUGUACAUGAAACCCAAAUCUAAAGAGACACCUAAUUCAAAUGACUUGGAUGCAACAGACAAACUUAUAUCCAUGUUCUACGCUGUGGUGACUCCCAUGAUGAAUCCUUUAAUAUACAGCCUCCGAAACAAGGAUGUGAAGGCAGCAGUAAAACACCUGCUAAGCAAAAAACUUAUUAGCAAGUGA